UAUUGCUCACUACUGGCUAGUGUCCCCUUUUUUUUCUAUAAUCAGUUUAGUUUUAUUGGUGUGGUUUUGUUGUUUUGAAGUCGAGGUUGUGGUCGGUUUUAUUUUUAACAAAUCUGGUUGAGGAUUUUUGGUUUUUCGUUGUAAGAUAUUUCAGACGAUUCAAAUAUGGCACCAAAUUAUAGUGCAAAUAAUGUACCAGCUGAAGAAGAGAUAAUAGAUGAUCCUUCAUUAUUGAAUGGCAGAAUAUUGGCUAAUCCAGCUCCAGGAGAAGAAGUAUGCAUAUCAGGUGUUUCCGGGGUUUUUCCAAACUCCAGGAAUGUACACGAGUUCAGGGACAACCUAAUGAACAGAAUUGACAUGGUAGAUGGCGAUUUCAGGAGAUGGGAACCCAUCCACCCAGAAAUACCCCAGAGAACAGGAAAAAUCUUCGACAUCGAGAAAUUCGACGCUGGAUUUUUCGGAAUCCAUCACAGACAAGCCAAUUCCAUGGACCCGAUGGUGAGGAUCUUCUUGGAGAAAGCAAUAGAGGCAAUCUUCGAUGCUGGACUCCAUCCUUCUGAGCUGGAAGGUACCAACACUGGGGUUUUCGUUGGAUCCUGUUUCUCCGAAAGCGAGAAAGAUUGGUUCUUCGAGAAUUUGGAACCUCAACAGUUUGGAAUCACUGGUUGUUUGAGAUCGAUGAUACCAAACAGAAUCAGCUAUUUCCUGAAAUUGAAGGGUGUAUCGCACAUAACAGAUACAGCUUGUAGCAGUUCUUUAUACGCCGUUGAAAACGCCUACAGGGCUAUAAGAACUGGACAGUGUGACAUGGCCAUAGUGGGUGGCACAAACUUAACUUUGCACCCUUUCGUUUCUCUACAAUUUGCAAGAUUGGGUGUACUUAGUAAUGAUGGAUGCUGCAAGUCCUUCGAUGCUACCGGAAACGGUUACGCUAGAUCUGAAGCCGUUGCCUGUAUAUUCCUACAAAAAGCUAAGGAUUCAAGGAGAAUAUACGCUACGGUUGUGCAUGCAAAGACCAACUGCGAUGGUUACAAGGAACAAGGUAUCACAUAUCCUUCAGGAGAAACGCAAAAGAAGCUCCUUCAAGAGUUUUACAAAGAGUGCAACGUCGAUCCAAGAUCUCUGAGUUUUCUGGAAGCUCAUGGUACAGGAACUAAAGUCGGUGAUCCAGAAGAAUGUUCAGCCAUCGAUGAAGUCUUCUGCAAAGGAAGAGAAGAUCCACUUCUGAUCGGUUCAGUCAAGUCCAAUAUUGGCCACUCAGAACCAGCAUCUGGUCUUUGUUCUAUCACAAAGUGUAUCAUUGGGAUGGAAGAAGGAUAUAUACCACCUAAUAUCCAUUUCUCCAAACCAAGGGAAGGUGUACCUGCUCUGGAGGAGGGAAGAAUCAAGGUAGUUUCAGAAAAGAUGCCAUUCCAAGACGACAGGGGACUCAUGGGCAUAAACAGUUUCGGAUUUGGCGGGGGUAACUGUCAUAUCCUCCUCAAAUGGAAUACAAAGACCAAAGUUGAUGGUGGUCAACCAAGUGAUGAACUCCCACGUCUCUUAUGCCUGAGUGGAAGGACAACUGAAGCAAUAACUACCCUUGCAGAAGACGUCAAUUCCAGAAAACUGGACGCCGAACAUAUUCAACUCCUUCAGGAAGUUUUCAAGAAAGACAUUGAAGCUCAUCCAUAUCGAGGUUAUACAAUUGCUUCCAAGGAAGGGGAGAUAAAAACUUCAGUGAGGAACUUUGAAGGUGUCAAAGCACCUCUGGUGCUUGCCUUUGGUAGCUUUGAGAACUCUUGGCAAUCUCUUGCUCAAUCCCUGUGUGCUUUCCCAAUUUUCGCUGCUGCUAUUCAAAGAAUUCACGACGUUCUAUAUAACGCUGAUACCGGUAUAAAUAUAACUGAAAUCAUUGAAAACCAAGCAAAGACCAUCGAUCCAGUUGUGCAGAAUAUUUUGGGCAACAUCGCUCUUCAAAUUGGUAUUGUGGAGAUCAUUAAAGAUCUGGAUUUGGUCCCAGAUUUCAUAAUGGGCUAUGCUCUUGGUGAACUUGGAUGUGCUUACUACGAUGGUAGUUUGUCUCUUGAGCAGACUGUCCUAGCAUCUUUAGAAAUCGCUAAUCAUAUCAAAACUGUGAAUGAACCUUCAUCAACUUACAUAGUUUACCAGGCAGAAGCACAGGUAAAGUCUAACAAUAGUUUCAUUGGAUAGAAUACUGAUAAAUUUGUUUUCCAGGUGAGAAAAUUGCUCCCACAAAGCAUCGAGAUAAUAUGGAGAAACAGCGAAGACAGUGUAACCAUAUCUGGACCACCUAACAUCACUCAAAAAUUCGUCGAAUCUGUAAAGACCAUCGGUAUUGUUGUGAAACACAUCAGUUCAGUAGAAGUCACGUGGCUCUCCAGAAAAUUAGCUAAAAUCGGUAAGUUGAUCGCUCUGGAUCAAAACAUGGUCUUCUUUUCAAUACGAUUUCUUCUUAGAACCAGCUCUUCUACCCAAACUGAGGAAAAUAAUACCAAACCCAAGCAGAGGGGGGAUAAAUGGCUGUCAGCCUCAACUGAAAAAGUUGCAUCUCCAGAAUAUUUCAUCAAGGCCAUAAUUUCCCAAAUAAACUUCCAAGAUUUGUCCAGUCACUUCGUGGAGAACCAAGUUAUCUUUGAGUUGGGUCUUGGUGGUUUUGCUGAGCUCCUGAAGAACACCAUUGGUACUCCAGUGGACGUUGUUAGGUUUGAACAUGAUUCAAAGAGGAAUGGUGUGGUUGGACUGCUAGAUGUGCUUGGAAGCCUGUACGAAUGUGGUUACAACCCACAAAUACAAAACUUAUACCCGAGGAUUCAGUAUCCAGUCAGUAGAGGAACACCGAUGAUAUCACCAAAAAUCAAAUGGGAUCAUUCCAAGAAUUGGUUUGUGAUGUUCUACAGAGAAACUGACUCCUUGAAGAGUGGUGAAAGAGUGCUUGGUGUGACUUUGAAACAAGAAGAAUGGCAAUACGUUGCCGGACAUGUCAUUGAUGGUCGUAAUCUAUUCCCAGCAACUGGGUAUUUACAGGCUGUUUGGAGUACGUUAGCCCUCACAACCAGUAUUUUGGAGAGUGAAAUGUACCUGGUUUUCGAAAAUUGUCGUUUCAACAGGGCCACCACAGUCAGCAAGGAAGUUACAGAAUUCACCAUCAUGAUCCAGAGGAACAGUGGUAAUUUUGAAGUGAUAGAAGGAGGUACAGAUGUUGUGAGUGGAAAGAUCUGCAACCUUGCUGAAGGGACUGAAGAAUAUAUUGAUCUUCCCCAACCAACUGCGGUUACCAAGGCAGAUGUUGUACCUUUGAAAAAUAAGGACAUUUACAAAGAGUUGCGUCUUAGAGGUUACAACUAUAAAGGAUCUUUCAGAGGACUUCAAGAAUGCAACCAUUCAGCCACAAUAGCUUGGUUGAAAUGGGAUGGUAAUUGGGUAUCUUUCAUGGACAGUAUGUUGCAAAUUAAAAUCCUUCAGUUGGACACUAGGCUGUUGUAUGUCCCCACUAGCAUCAAAAAAUUAACUAUAGAUGCGAAAAAACAUCUUCAAAUUGUGGAAUCUUACGGUGACAACCCAGUACUGCCAGUUUAUGUCUACAAGGAUGCAGACAUCAUAAGGUGUGGAGGUAUUGAAAUCAAAGGAAUCAUGGCUAGUUCCAUACCAAGAAGGAAACAGUUGGGCCAGCCUGUACUCGAGAAAUACGAAUUUGUUCCAAACGAGCUCAAAUCUGUUCCAAUUGAACAAUCACUGCGUGUGAAUAUGCAGAUAGGACUGGAGAAUCUUUAUGCCAUCAAGAUUAAGGUGGUGGAAGUGUUGGAUGAAGCAACAGUUGAAGGAAGUGAACCUUUGGGGCCACUAGUCUACGAAGUUUUCGGUGACCAGCCUCUCAUACAAGCAAAUAUAUUAAUUCUGAGUAAGGAAAAGCUGGAGUUACAAAACGUUACAGUGGAAGAUAAAAAAUUGGUGGCUGAGAACGAUUGCAACCUAAUUGUUGGCACCAAGAUACUUCAAAGAGCAAUGGUUCUUCAACAAGCUUUUGGAGCACUGAAGGACAAAGGUUUCAUUCUGUCAAGAGAAGAACCAGAUUUCGAGAUUUCUUCGUUAACAGAACAAGAUCUAGCUUGUAUUGAUGUACUCACUGUCCAUGAUAUUGGUACAGAGAAAUUAGUGUACUUCAGAAAGGCAAUUGAACAGAAAGAAUUCAAAGUUAUCAACGUAUCUCUGAAAGACGAGGAAUUCACUUGGUUACCCACCCUACAAACCUUCUUGAAGAAUGAUAGUCAUGUCAUUAUUUACUCUCAGAACGAGGAAUACAGCGGUAUUCUUGGUCUUUUCAACUGCAUCAGGAGAGAACCUGGAGGUAUGAACGUGAGGUGUUUCAUCAUUUUCGAUAAAAAUGCUCCUCCAUUUGAUCCCAAACAUCCCUUCUACGCUGCCCAGAUGAGAAGAAACAUGUCGGUCAACAUCUACAAGAAUGGUCAAUGGGGUACCUACAGACACUUGCUGAUGGAUCAGAUGGAAGAAGUUGAAACUGAACAUUGCUUCGUUAAUCCAUUAACCAGAGGUGACUUGUCAAGUUUGAAAUGGAUAGAAGGAAGUCUCGACUCUAAGACCAUCCUUCCACCAGAGAAGACACUCGUGCAGGUGUACUACGCUUCGUUGAACUUCAGGGAUGUAAUGACUGCCUCAGGUCGUAUAAACGCUGAUGUUAUCACCAUGGAUAGAAGGGAACAAGAAUGUGUUCAAGGUUUUGAAUUCUCAGGAAGAACAACUUGUGGUCGGAGGGUCAUGGGGAUGGUUACUUAUGGAGCUCUCUCAACUCUUAUUUCAGCUGAUAGCUAUUUGCUUUGGGAUAUUCCAGAUUGUUGGACGAUGGAGCAAGCAGCUACAAUUCCUGUGGUCUAUGGAACUGUUUUGUAUGCCCUUGUUGUGCGUGGUAAAAUGAGGAGAGGAAACACCGUUCUAAUUCAUGCAGGAACAGGAGGUGUUGGACAAGCUGCUAUCACCAUAGCUUUAGCUUAUGGAUGUACAGUUUAUACCACAGUUGGUACACAAGAAAAGAGGGACUUCAUCAAGAAAUUGUUCCCUCAACUCACAGAUCGCCACAUCGGCUGCUCCAGAGAUGUUACCUUCGAGAAAUUGAUAAAACAAGAGACCAAAGGACGUGGUGUAGAUAUGGUCUUGAACUCCUUGGCCGAAGAAAAGCUCCAAGCUUCUGUUAGGUGCUUGGCCAAGGGUGGAAAAUUCCUGGAAAUUGGUAAAUUUGAUUUGGCCAAUAACAACAGCUUGGGAAUGUUGCUGCUCUCGAAAGGAUGCUCUUUCCAUGGUAUCAUGUUGGAUCAACUGUUCGUUGCUCAUCCAUCGUUGAAGAAAAUGAUUGGUACAUUGAUGCAAGAUGGCAUCAAGAGUGGAGCUGUAAGACCAUUGACCACCAAUGUGUUCAAGAUGAACGAGAUUGAACAAGCCUUCAGAUUCAUGGCUAGUGGAAAACAUAUGGGAAAAGUUAUGGUACAAGUUAGGAAAGAGGAGCCUGUAAAAAAGACGAUAGCACCAGUGGUAUUGAGCAAGGCUUAUCCAAGAUUCUCAUGUGAUGAGCAGAAAUGUUAUAUCAUAACUGGAGGUCUUGGAGGAUUUGGUUUGGAAUUGGCAGACUGGUUGAUCAUACGUGGAGCUAGAAGAAUCAUUCUUACAUCUCGAACUGGCAUUCAAACAGGAUACCAGUCAUACAGAAUUGGCUUAUGGAAAUCUUAUGGUACUAUUAUCAAAAUAUCCACUGCUGACAUCACCACCAAAGAGGGUUGCGAACAGCUAAUCACAGAAGCUCAAGAACUAGGUCCAAUUGAGAGUAUAUUCAAUUUGGCUGUGGUUCUCAAGGAUUCCCUACUGGAAAAUCAGAGUCCAGAAAGUUUCAGGAUAUCUCUUGGACCAAAAGCUGUGGCCACACAAUACCUGGAUGAGAUAACUAGGGUUAGAUGUCCAGAUUUAAGGGAUUUCGUCAUCUUUUCUUCUGUAUCUUGUGGAAGGGGUAAUGCAGGUCAAACCAAUUAUGGUAUGGCUAACUCCAUCAUGGAGAGAAUCUGCGAAAAGAGGAAACUCGAUGGUUAUCCUGCUCUGGCAAUCGAAUGGGGAGCUAUUGGAGAUGUCGGUUUAGUAGCUGAAAUGAUGGAGGAUCACACCGAGAUGGAAAUUGGUGGAACCCUUCAGCAGAGAAUCACCAGUUGUCUUCAAGUGUUGGACACAUUCCUUAGGCAGAAAGAGGCUUCAAUCGUUUCUAGUAUGGUUGUAGCUGAAAAGAGAAGUGGCAGUGGUGGUGCAGAUAAUAUUGUGGAUGCUGUAGCCAAUAUUCUAGGUAUCAAAAAACAGAGUGUAUCUCCUCAUGCAACCUUGGCAGAACUUGGUAUGGAUUCCAUGACAGCCGUUGAAAUAAAACAAACCCUAGAGAGAGAAUUCGAAGUCUUCCUAACAGCCCAAGACAUCAGAAGUAUGACAUUCGCCAGGUUACAAGAGAUCCAACAGUCCAAGGAAUCAGACCGAGAGGCUGGAAUUGUUCAUCAGAGAUUGCCCACUGGAAUUGAACUAAUCUUGAGGUACCUUGGAGACGAAGCAACUUCAACGGUACCAGUCAUCAAACUACCUAGUUUGGUCGAAGAGACAUCCGAUGCACCAUACAUAUUCUGCUUCCCAGGAAUUGAAGGUUUCGCUACAACCUUAAAACCACUAGCUGCUAACUUGAGGGCCAAGGUAAUCGGGGUCCAGUUCUGCUACAAGAAUCCCACCAACAGUUACAUCGAUCUGGCACAAGAAGCUUUCAUGCAAAUAGAGAAUGUCCUCAAACCAAAUGAACCUUUCAACAUCAUUGCCUACUCUUGGGGUUCAAUCAUUGCUUUGGAAACUUUAGCCUUGUUGGAGAAGAAGGGUCGUAAAGGAAAUCUUGUAUGUUUGGAUGGUGCUCCAGAGAUGCUUCAAGAGAUGUGCAAGCAAGAAAUGAAGAGUGGCUCUGAUGCUGAGUUCGAAACCAUCAUACUUUGCCACUUGAUGGCUCUUUAUCUUCCAUAUGAGAUCAUUUUGAAGAACAGGGAAAAACUAUACAAAUGUAACAACUUCGAAGAACGUUUGGAUGUGGCUCAACAGGUAGCUUCCAAAGAUUCAACCCACUCUCCACAAUACCAAAGGAAGGUAGCCAUAGCUUUCCACACACGUAUAAAGGAACUGAAGAGCUAUUCUCCAAACUAUCCAAAGAUCCAAUCAGCAGUGAGACUCUUCAAACCUUCAACUCUGAGCGUCCACAACUUUGCAGAAGACUACAAACUCUCAGAUCUUUGUGCUAAUUUCAACGAAGUCAAAGUAUUCGAAGGAAAUCAUAUAACAAUUGUUGAAAACGCUGAGGUUGCCGAAGCUAUCAAUGGAGUUUUUGGUCUGAGAGCAGUGAAUACGUCAUCUAAGGUCGAAAUUAGCGAAACCUAUGCUAAGGAAAGCUUCACUGAAGGUCUGGUGACCAAGGAAGUGGUUGAAGUUAAGCAAAUUUGAAGAACUUUUCGAUUUGUGAACUUUUUAGUGAAAGUUUAGUUUGAUUUUCCACAGAAUGUCCUUUCAUGUUUAAAAUUGGUUUUAAUUGUUGCAUUUCAUUGUUAAAAUCUAGUCUUUUCCAGAGGAAUUUGGAAAACAUGGAAUGGAUAAUUUGAAUGUUUCAAGAUUAAUGAGACUUAUAUCAAAUUGAUAUUAGGAUAAUUAAAAUAUUUUUGAUUA